AUGGAGGAGAUAAAUAGCACGAUGUUUAAUGAUGAUAGUACAUCUGAAUGUAGAAAUGCAAGUCAAAUGCAAAUUGGUGAAAAACCAUUUUUAGGAAUGAAGUUUAAUAGUCAUGUGGAGGCCUAUGACUAUUAUAACUCGUAUGCAUUGAUGAUGGGAUUUGGAAUCAGAAAAAGCUCAGUGAAUUACUCCCAGAAAGAUAAAGAAGUAUUGAAUAGAAAAUUUGUUUGUGACAAAGAAGGUUAUAGAUCUAAUAAAGACAAGAGAGAUAUAGGGAAAAAUAUUAAUCAUCGGCGAGAGACCAGAGUUGGCUGUAAAGCAAUGAUGAGAAUAAAAUUAAUGGAGGAUAAAACAUGGAAAGUUAUAGGUUUUAUUGAAGAUCAUACAAACCACAUGCUCAGUAGUCCCGAUAAAGCAAAGAUGCACAGGUCACAACAACAAUUUCAUAGAAGUAAAAGAUUUAAAAAAAUUAUCCAAUGUUUGCAAGAAGAAGGUAUUACUCCUUCCACUAUUUCUCGUGUUAUUAGCAUCACAAGCGGUAGAGAAGAUGAAUCAGUAACACCACAACAGUGCAUUGACUAUAUGAAAACUCAAAGGCACAACAAUAUUAUGAACAAGAAGAAACAUUUGUUUGGUUAUUUCAGGAAUGGAAUGAGAUCAACUCAAAGGAGUGAAAGCAUCAACUCAUUCUUUGAUGGAUAUGUGAAUUCACAAACACAGUUAAAAGAAUUUGUAACUCAAUAUGAAAAGGCCGUGACACAUCGACGAUUGAGUGAAGCACAUGAAGAUUUUAGAACUCUUAAUACAAAACCGCAGUUUCACCUUGGGCAUCCAAUUGAAAGACAAGCUGGAAGUAGUUAUACACGCACUAUGUUUCAUGUAUUUCAGAAUGAGAUCAAAGGGUGUGGUGUUCUUGGCCUUCAAGAGGUGACCAAAGAAGAAAAGUCUGCUUUAUGGCGAGUUGGUAACUUAGAUGAAAGCAAUGAAAAGUGGAGGUUUGUUACUUAUGAUGAAUGUAGAGAAUUACAGUAUAGUUGCAGUUGUGGUAUGUUUGAGAAUAGUGGUGUUUUAUGCAAACAUAUAUUGUACACUCUAAUGUUCAACAGACAAUGUUGUUCAUUGCCCAGUGUAUAUAUUAUACACCGUUGGACUAUAGAUGCUCGACAUCGUAACAUUGGAGUUACUAAUGUUGUGUUUGGCAAAAACAUUACAGGCGGUGUAGAAAAAAUAAAUCUGUUGAAAACUUGGGCUUUGAAAGCAAAAACCAACAAUGCACUGGAGCUUGCCUUUGAGUCAGAUAAGAGAAUGCAUGAGCUUGAUUCUUUGUUAACAAGUUUCAUAGAGAGGGUUGAAGAAGAAGUCAGAGGGUGUCAAGCAAUAGAUGCUGGUAGCAGCCACAUUCCGGACUCGGAUAUUCCACAGAUACCUACUUCAGAUACAAUCCAACAUAUUCCACAAAUUACAGUUCGUGACCCGGAAAAGCAAGCAAGAACCAAAGGUCGUCCACGCAAUGCUACAAGAAUUAAAUCAACUUUAGAACAAGCACAAGAAAAGAAAGAGAGGCAAAAGCGUACAUGUAGUAGAUGUGGACAACUUGGGCAUUAUAGGACUAGCUGUACCGUUAACAAGCCCAGCGAAACUGACAAACAAGACUAACGAACAAAGUUUAUGGAAAGCCAUAAGUUCCUCUAUUCAG